UGCAACUUUGGGAGUUACUGAAGAAAUUUAGCCACGAGUUCCGCCUUCCCUCAGUUAUACUUGAAGAAGAAAUUUGUCUGCUUGGCCCAAGUUCGAGACCUUUGCAGAGUGACACUGCUCUCAUGGAGCUAAGUAGCGUCGCCUCGAUGAUGAGCCUAGGGAGUCUAGCUAUACAGCGGACAUCUUUGUGCUCCCUAGUCUUCAGAGUUUUGCAAAGGCUGGUAGGCUUCACUUCCGGCUCACUGAAUAAAUUCUGCAAAGAUGUUCAUCAACCACUGACCGAGACGCCAGAGCUGCCUCAGGACGUCUUGAUGGGUAUCUUUGCCACCCUUGAAAUGCCUGACUUUAUACGCGCUGGCGCCGUCUGCCCCUCUUGGCACUCUGCAUACACCAGCCUACGAAGCCUUGGGCAGUAUAAACUAUGGCCGUGCCUCCUCUAUACUUCUGAAUCUGCUGGUGAUAGCUUUGCUUGCCUCUACAGCCUCACUGAAAGGAGAUCGUACAAGUUAACUCUUCCGGAGCCACCUAUCCGCUCUAGGUGUUUGAUCGGGUCCUCUCAUGGCUGGCUCGUUACUGUUGAUGAGAGAUCUGAGAUGCAUCUUCUCAAUCCCUUCACAUGUCAACAGAUUGCUUUACCUUCGGUGACCACCCUCGAGCAGGUGAAGCCCAUCUUUGAUGAGUACGGUGUUCUCCACAAGUAUGAAUUGUCUUGGCUCACUGGAAGAACUACUCGCUAUAACUCACCGUUGAUCUUCGCUCUUGACAAGCUGCGGGAUGAACUCCACUAUAAGGCGUUUGUGUUCCCUGAUACAUCCACAGGAAGCUACAUUGUGGUGCUCAUCCAUAACCCAGUGCACCAGCUCUCUUUUGCAAGGCUAGGGGAUGAUAAAUGGACCUGGCUGCCACCUCAUUAUCUCUUUUCUGAUUGCAUUUACAAGGAUGGCCUAUUGUAUGCUGUGUCUACAACGGGAGAACUUCACACUUUUGAUCUUAGUGGCCCUACGGUCGCAAUGAAUACGAUCAUAAGCAUACCCAGCGAUGUUGACUGUGAGUAUGCAUACAUUGUUCAAGCUCCAUGGGGUGAUCUGCUGCUCCUUUGGAGACUCUUUGAGGAUUUUAAUUUGGAACCUGGUCCUGGGGAAACUAUGUUUUGGAAUACUACGAAAUUCAGAAUAUAUGAAGUUGAAGCUGCAGGGAGUAAACUUAAGGAAAUCAAUUGCUUGCGUGACCAUGUUUUGUUUCUUGGGCAUAAUGAAUCACUUUGUCUCAGUGCUGAAGAAUACCCAUCUCUCAAGGCAAAUCAUGUCUACUUUACUGAUGAUAAUAUGUUGUGGACAUUGGGAUUUAAGAAUAAUCACCGUGAUAUGGGAAUUCUCAACUUGGAUGAUAACAGCAAGGAAGAACUUGUAUCUUCUCAGCUUUGUUCCAACUUUCCGGCUCCUAUUUGGAUUACACCUGAUUUUAGAAACAUGAACUUGGCUUCAGGUGCUGCUUACAAAAUGGUUCAGUGAGCUUGCAGUUGUGUGGUUUGCUAGGCUAUUGCGCUUCGUAGAGAAAGUCAUGGACAAACUACUCAAGUGAUCACUUGGACCCCAAGUCCAUCCACACUAGCUUCGACCCAGUUGAAUAAAUAGUUCGAGUUUUUCUUUGUUUACCCAUGCUGUAAUCAUGUACAUCACACAGUUUAAUGUGUCAAUGGAAAGCUUGAGGAAUACCCAAUUUCCCUC